AUCGGACUUACUAUAGAUAUAAACAAAAUAUAGAUAAACCUGGAUUCAUAAAUCUAAUCUUUACUUCAUUGCCUCAUAAAUUAGGAAAAUCUUUGCAAACACUUGCAUUUGGUACCUAGUAUUUGGAAGCCACGACUAAAUUGAUGUUACAGUGCCGCUUUAAACUAACCAUCAUAAGCAGGAUGCGUUUCUUUUCCAAUGUUCGCGAAUAUCACGCCACCGAAACCGCAGUGUCCUGCACUGCCCUGCUGCUAUGGUUUAGAUGGAGUGCUAACCCUUCGCACGAUGUUGCUACUGCGUGGUUCUCGGUUUGCCAAAAAAAAAAAUCCGAUACCAAACGUGGAAAAGAGACGUAAAACAACCAGUAACCCCUCAUUUUGGCACCAACACAGAUCUAAUGUUGGCACUAGCUACGACGGUAUGAUGCGGAUUCCGCGUUCUAUGAGCGUUAUUUAUUUUUGCAAGUAAAGGGUAAUUUUCUCGCUGCUGUGCGCUUUCUUGAUUUACAUGUAUGUGUUUUCUGUGUGCACAUGGCAAGCAUCAUCUCGUUGAGAACAGUGAAUACCUUGCAGCGUAGAAGUGCUGCUCAUGUAGAUUUCCGAUGCGAGUUUUAUGCACUUUUUAUCUCGCGAAAGGUGUAGAAAGAUUCUAGAGUCCAUCCGGCGUACAAUACAGUCUACAGUACAAAAGGUGUCUAGUGCAGUAAAACGUGUAGAAAAAGUGCCGAGAGCCUCUUGCUAGUCAAGAAUUAUUCUCGUAAUGAUUACGCAAAUACAGGGCGUGUGGGAUAUACAUUAGGCAGGAUUGUUUAAAGUAAGAACAAAAACAGUGGCCUAAUAGAAACUUACUUUUACACCAAAAAUCAACAAUUACAAUUGGAGUCACUUACCCCAGCCGAAUCGGAGAACCAAGCGAUCAAUCAACCCAGGAAGAAUCGAACGCAAAUUCGGGUUUCGGAUCCGGAGCAAGUGUGAUUACGUGCAGAAGCGAGUACUGUUCAUCACUCGAAGAACGCGGAAAACGUUCCACUUUCACCAAAGAAGCAAACGAGACAGCUCGAGGAAGACAAAGUUCCAGUUGUACUGGUGUCAAAAUAUUCCCUACCUGUUCGUAAGCGCCGUGUGCAAACGUUUGGAGCUGGUCUCUAGUAUCGUCCCACGUGGUGCCAAGUGUUAGAAGCAGUCUAGCAAAUCUCGUCAGUAUUCCGUAUAAGGUACAGAAGGUAUCAAAAGUCGCCCCUACUCAUCGUCGAUUCUUUUGUUCAUGUCUAUGGCAUCGGUUGGCGUGUUUACUUUUCCGAGUGCUAUCACCGGUGGUAGCGGUAAUAGCACCAACAAUCCCAUCCCGCCGGCUGGCAUCGUAAAACCUAUGGCAACUCCUGUUCCAAAUUGUGCCCCACCACCUUCGGUUUGCGGUUCAGGAUCAGAUACUCCACCAGCGCUUGCGGUGAACACGGUGCCUAUCGUACCAACCCCAACAAGUGCACCGUCGGGAGCAGUGGUUAGCAACGGCAUGGUUGGCAUCGAUGCCCCCUUGAUUUCAAUGUCGCCAACUCCGGAAAACGUCCCUACGGGAAAACCGGCGCCAACAAGCAUUCCGUCAUCGACGGCUGGUGGACCAUUAUUUCCUGAUGUGUUCACGCUAGUCGAUAGUGUUCCUUUUGACGAUUUAGAAUCCGAAGGUAACGGUGUACGCAGCACUGGAAGCGUUGGUGCACCGGAAUCCGUCAAUGGCUACCCGUUGGAAAAUGGAUCGCUCUCUGAGUGUAUGGAUCAGGACUGUGAGCUUUGUCAGAACAAGUACGCUUCUCCAAGGGUAUUGUCUUGUCUGCACGUUUUUUGCGAAACAUGUCUGGACAAGCUUCUGGACGAUGACGAAGCCAAGAAAUUAGAAGGUUUGAUUGAGUGUCCUACGUGCAAGCAGUCGACUAAGGUUGGACCGAAAGGAGUUGGAACCCUGCACCAGGAUUACAUUUUAACAAACGUGUUGGAUUUAUCCACCAUAGAGCCGUCAAUGUUGGCUUGUACCUCGUGCAAGAGCAAGGAAAUGGCCAUCUCGCGCUGCAAUGAUUGCGCAAACUUUCUGUGUGCCAGUUGCGACAACGCUCAUCGUUAUAUGCGCUGCUUCGAAGAUCAUAAGGUUGUGCAAUUGGAAGAUUUACGCAAAUCUUCCGAAAAAGUUGCCAUUCAUAAGCCGCUAUAUUGUUCCGUUCAUCCACCAGAGAAUCUGAAAUAUUUCUGUUUUAAUUGUCAAAUCCCGGUGUGCAAUGAGUGUUUGAUUGGCGAGCACAAGGGUAAAGAACAUAACUACCAGAUUAUCAGCGAAGCAGAGAAACCGAUGCGGUUGGAAUUGGAAAACCUGAUGAAGGAUGCUAAGGCAAAAAUUGAUUGCUGCAACCAAGCCACAACCAAUCUAGAUGCUGCCUUGCACGAUCUGCAGAACCAAUUCGAAACAGCUCGUGAUCUGAUCAACGAGUCAUUCCAAAGCUUCAAGGCGGUUUUGGAAAAGUGUCGCGAUAACGCGCUAAAGAAUCUCGAAAAGUUGCAUUCUGAACGCGAAUUGAAGAUAAUGGAUUUGUUCCACAAUGUGGAAAAAUCAACGGAGAAAAUUGAAAAUACUGCCAAGUUCACGAAAAAAGUGCUAGAACAGGCAAACGGUCCGGAACUAUUGAGCUUGAAGAAAAUGAUUUCCACUCAGUUUAGUAGCUUGAUCGGAUCAACUCCCAAGGUGGAUGUGAACUUUUCGUUCGAAUUUCAAACAAGCUUCGAAAAGUUUGACCAAAUCGCUCCCGAAUUGUUCGGAUCGUUCCAUACGGAAACCACCCCACCAAGUCCAAAGGAAACUACACCGCCACCGUCGUUACCAGGAAUGGCCAUAUUGAUCAAUAAACCUCCUGCCAACAACAGUGGCAGUUGUGGAUUGUCUCAAGGUCCGUUGACGGGAUCGGUCACUGCUAGCAGCCCUAUAUCGCUACCAACAUCGAUGCAGUCGUCAUUCGAUGGAGACAUCUCCAAUCUAGGAGCUAGCUAUAUGAUGCCACACGUUCUAACUCCUGAACCUACAGCUUCGACUCCCAUUGCUAACAAUCAUAUGGCAGCUGCACCGGCAACCGUUGGGGGAUCCGCUACGCUACCGGGUUUGACUAGCAUUGCCGAGUACAACUUGCAUCGAUUGGCCAAUCUGGCUGAAACGUCGAACGACAUGACUGAUGCUAUUGUACCAGUCAAUAGCAAUCCUACUACCAACUUCACGCUAGCUGAUUUGAUUUCAGGCGAUCAAAACGCUUUUCAAGCCCUCGCAAAAUAUGGGCUGAACAAUCCAGAUCUUCAGGCAGGACCAAUGAUGCCACCCCAUCCGAACAUCGACAACCUUUCGCUGUUGAAUGACUUCUCUGGUCUUCCGGGACCAGCAUCAGCAAUGCUUCCCACAUCGCCGAUGUCAAUGGAUUCAUCUCUGGGAAACGAUAUGGCUGCCAUGAGUCGGUUCCAGGUUAAUGGACGCACUAAAGCAACACCAAUGCAGAUUCGUUGCAAGUUUGGCUCGCUCGGGCAAACUAAGGGCCAAUUCAACUCGCCUCAUGGAUUCUGUCUCGGAGUGGAUGAAGAAAUUGUGGUGGCCGAUACCAACAAUCAUCGUAUCGAGAUAUUCGAAAAAACCGGAACGUUCAAGUUUUCCUUCGGUGUUCCUGGGAAAGAGGAAGGACAGCUGUUCUACCCACGCAAGGUGGCUGUGAUGCGUUCGAGCGCUAAGUUUGUUGUGUGUGAUCGAGGCAACGAGCGCUCCCGAAUGCAAAUUUUCUCCAAAAAUGGCCAUUUCAUCAAAAAGAUAGCGAUUCGCUAUAUUGAUAUAGUCGCCGGUUUGGCUGUGACAAAUAAGGGUUUAAUCGUGGCGGUUGACAGCGUUUCGCCUACAGUUUUUAUUAUUUCGGAAGAUGGAAACCUCAUCCAUUGGUUCGACUGUAGCGAUUUCAUGAGGGAACCUUCUGAUAUCGCAAUAAAUGGUUCUGACUUCUACGUGUGCGAUUUUAAAGGACACUGUGUGGCAGUUUUCUCCGAGGAGGGUACGUUCAAGUAUCGUAUCGGUAGCGAGAAAGUUACCUGCUUCCCGAAUGGUAUCGAUAUAUCCGACGCUGGUGAUGUCCUGAUUGGCGAUUCUCACGGCAACCGCUUCCACGUGGCUUGCUACUCCAAGGACGGACAGUUGCAGUCGGAAUAUGAGUGUCCCUAUGUUAAGGUUUCACGUUGCUGUGGUCUCAAAAUAACAUCCGAAGGGUACGUCGUGACAUUGGCCAAAAACAACCAUCACGUUCUAGUACUCAACACACUGUACAUUCAGUGAUUGACCGCCGGAGCAAGAAUUCUGAAGCCGAAUCGUUAGGUAGCAACAAGGUAAGUGCGUUGCUCGGAUUCGGCCCUGAAAUACGUGAGUACCAAACAAAACCCUCCUUCACAUCAUUGCUGUGUAACGGGAAAAAACCAAUGCAUAGCUUAAAGCUAUGGCAGUAAAUAUUCGUACGCUUUACAAAAACACAAAAAAAAACAAAUUGGUCAAGUCAUCGUGGCACACCGGCUCGAGUCAUCGUAAACGUCUACCGGUUUGAUAGAAUAGCGCAUACACUCAGAUCGUAGCGAACGUAUGAUGGAAGCUAAGCUGUGGUUGGUGUGCUUAGCUGGAUUCGUGUGAAAAAACAUCCCUUCGAAAACUUCUUUUUAAAAGAAAGGAAAAACGAAAGAUAUUAUGUUGUUUUACCAAUAUUAUUACUAUUUUAAUUUUUCCUUUUAUUAACACUAUUUACAAUUUUAUUCGUAAUAUUAUACUAUUUUAAACAAUAUUUAUUAUCCAAAACUGAGAAAAAUGAAUGAUCUCCAAUUUUAUUUUACAACAAUAAUCGCGAGAUAAUGUUUUAUUUUAUUGUACACGCGAAGCGGCGAAAAAAGUCCAGGAACUAAAAAAAAAAGGAAAAGCGAGAUUGGUCAAGCAAAUAACGAUGCACUUUUAUUGCAUAAGAUUUUUUUCAUAUAGGAAGCAAACGAGUGUGAGUGUGGUAGGGCAACCCCGUAGGGCGAGUUUUAUUUUACUCUGUUAGAAAGGCGCGAAUAUUUAUAGCAAAUAAGCUGAAAUGAAGUAAAUGGGAAGAGCGAACACAAAGAGAAGUCUACAACAACAACAAAACGAAAAUCAAACCUUUCGAAUAUGUAAAUAUUUUUAUUGAUUAUUAUACACAAACAAAAAAAAGGGUUAAUCUUUAAUCGUAGGCGUAAUUUCUUCAAAGAAAAGCAGAUAUAAACGAAGUAGAGACAAAAACAAACAAAUUUACACAAGAAAAAAACAUAUUUUACAUAGAAGUUGUAUACAUUCAUACACUUGUAGAAUCGCCAUAUUUUUGCAAUCUAACUUCCACGUUUAUAUUUUUUAUUGCAUUCUGAAAAAAAACAAACAAAAAGAAAACGUUAUGUUAUAGUUCUGUAAGUAUAUUUUAGGUUCGCCCAAGCUUGUGUUUUUCAUAUUUUACGAUGUAAUCAUUUUGUUAACCCUCGGGAACUGCUCCGCUAGGUUUAUUUUAGCUAGUUAUUUAGGAAGAGAAAACAGAAGCCACGUUUCGACCUGUUGAUGUUCAGCUAUGUUAUUUUUUGUUUUACUUCGAGGCAUAAAACCUGUUAUUUUAGUUACUACAAUAUUAUACCCAAAACAUCAAAA